UGCUUCUGCUAGAGAUGGUCAUGAAGUGUCGUGGAAGCUGAAUUUCCUCUCUUAAAAUAUAAAAUAAUUGUAAAAAUAAACAACAAUUAUGAUGUCUUUCUCAGGCCGUAAACAUUUAAUUCCUAUACAAGUCAUUUAUUUCUUCUUAUUUUCAGGUUUGGCAUGUCUUACUCCUUUUCUAAGUCCUCAUACCAGAGAUCUUGGAUUAACGUAUAGAGAAACCAUUGUAGUCAACACCGCAGCAGCAUUUAUUAGUAUUUUUGGACCCCUCAUCGCCGGAAUAAUUGCAGACAGACACGCUAAAUAUAAAACCUUUAUCGUUUUAUCAUUGUUUCUAUCAGCUGCUAGUUACACGGGUUUACUUUUCAUCCCUCGAGUGUUGCGAUUCACUAGACAACCCAUCAUUGAAUUCGAUUGCCCAGAUGCUGUUAGAUUGGAGAAAUGUAGCAGUUGGUCAAGUUGUACCGAUGCAGGAAUCAUUACUGAUAACAUGACGACAUUUACACUAUCCGGAUGCCAGUAUCAGUGCCGUAACACUUUCAACACCACGUAUCCUCUACACGUGUGCUUUCAGGGUAGCAAAGAAACUCUGUGCACAGUUUACGAUCAGCAAACUGAAAAACAAGUAAAGUUCCAAUCACGUUUUGUUCCAUGGAUGUUUGAAGAGCAGCAAAGUAUCCAGAAAUCUGUUUUUCUUUCAGCGACACCAGAGAUGCCCGAUCAUAUAGGUGUUUGCAACUUUCGACCUGUGGCACCCAUAAUUUUCAACGAGAAAGUUCAUCAAGACAUACAUUGCCGACCGAUGCCAGAACAUUGUUCCAUUAAGUGUUUCCUUAAAUUAACAUACAAGAACCACUCGUUGGAUCCCGCACCUUGUGAAGAUGUAUUAGGUGACUCUACUUUGACCUUCUGGGUGUACUUAGGUGUAAGAUCUUUUGCUGACUUAUGCAUCAUGACUGUCAUCUGCUUACUAGAUGCAGUAACCAUCUCCAGUAUUAACGAUUUUUAUGGAUUAUAUGGAAGAAUGCACGUUUGGGCCGCUUUGGGUUUAGCCAUAUUUUCACCCGUUGCCGGUGUCCUUAUCGAUUAUUACAGUGGAAUUGCUGGAAAGCCAGAUUACUCUCCAGCGAUCUUUAUUUUUGAUGGUCUUGCUCUUAUUACUUGUGCAUUAAUUAUCGCUUUACCUAUCGAAGCAGGAACUAAUGCAAGAUAUGUUGUAUCACCAGAAAGAAGCAGAAAGAAGUUAAAAUUCUGCACAUGGGAAAUGUCCUUUCUUAUUUUCUUAGUAUUGAUAUUGGGUACUCAAUGGGGUUUCAUGGAAACUUUUCUUCUGUGGUUCUACGUAGAUGAAGUUGGCUGCUCCAAACUGAUAUUGGGAUUGACAGUUACUGUUGGGUUUGCUGGAAGUAUACCAUUUUUGAUAAUCUCUAAGAAUAUGGUGAGAAAUAUUGGAAGAGCCCAUCUCAUUGUCUUUGCCUUUCUUUUCUACGGAAUACGCUUUGCUGGGAUAUCUUAUAUAAUAUAUCCUUGGUGGUCUUUGCCUUUUGAAGCUAUGGAAACAUUUACAAUAAGUGUCGCUUGGAUUGGUAUCGUUGCUUAUGGACAGAGCUUGAUAUCCAGAGGUGCCCGUCUUAAAGUGCAGUACCUGUUUAACCUAUUGCACUUCUGCGCUGAUAAUAAAGAUUUUAUAAAAUCACUCGCUCUGUAG